AAAAAUGUGGUCAAUGUCUUACACAUUUAUUCAUCUCCUCGUCUUAUCAUAUUUAUGUUCUCCUAAAUUAAAUAAAAAUUACAAAAAGUUGUUUGCUUGCUUCUGGAACGUCUGUCAUUAUUAUGUAUUACAUCUAUCACUAAUCUUUCUCUUAUAAAACCCGUUUGGUAAUCCCCUAAAAAAUUCUCGGUGUAGUGCCAUAGUAAUUAUUACAUUUCGUGCUAUAUUCUUUUUAUAGUAUAGGAUAAAUCACUGACUCUUAUAACGGUAAAUAAAUAUUCUUUAAAAUUUCACUAAAGUUACUUAAUAGAAGUUAAAAACUUAAAAGAAGUUAAAAAAACUAUUAAACGGUUUCUACGGGUUUUAAUGCUACUGCAUCAAUUUCAAGGAAUAAAUCACAAAACAACUUAAUUCCAAGGAAACUAUUUAAAAUUAAGUUAAUAGGUUGGUUAAAAAGGUAGUGUAUUUAAAAAAUCUUAAAAGGAAUAACUAAAACGAAAAAUACCGUAGUAACUAAACAGACAUUUUGAUAAAAUAACUCCAAUAAAUUAAACAAAACUCUCAAUAAAUUUUCUAGAUCUAAAACUUACUCGUGAAAAUAAUGCACUGCUGGUCAAAAAAAUCCGGACACCUGAAAAAAUGUGGUUUUAUUUCCAAAAAACAUUAUCUAAUUGUUACAUCAAUCUUUGGAAGAUUAACAAUUAAUGUUUUCCAGCUUUGAAUACUAUUCAUCCUUUUCUUCCCCUUGUUUUAUUUUCUAUUUCUAGGGUUGCUAAAAUAUUUUAUUUUUCUGUAGCUGUAAAUUAAAUAUAAAAACUUGACUGUUCCUUAAUUAUCGUCGCAUUCCAAGUCCUAAUCUUUUAAUAUGGCAUUUCUUGUUUUUUGUUUGCAUCUAUCCUAAUUAACUUACACAAAUUAUCGCGUGUUUUCUAUUCGACUGUUCUUUCACCAUUAUUCUCCGUUUUUUUUUGUAUUUCAGUCCUUGUAAAUGUUCCUUUCUUUUCCAAUUCCCAUUCUUCCAAAUCCACUGUACACUGUUUACAAUUUAUUUUAUAUUUUUACAUGAAUUCCUAACAUUAUUUAUGUAUAAUAUCUUUCCUCAGUUGUCUGUUUUUCUCAUUAAUUUUUUUACUUUUUUUACAAGUUAAAGCCAGACUUUUUAACGCAUAAUUUUGUUUCCUUUUCUAUGUUUACCACCUCGUUUAUAUGUAUAAUGUUAUAAAAUUGUUCUCUCUUCUUUAAUUUUUCACUACUCAUUCGUAUCAAUGUUUGAUAUUCCAAUCAGUAUCAAUCAGUCCACAUAUUUAAAGUUUUGUUUGGUUUUUUAAAAUUUGUUUUCAUCGGCAAAUUUGGUUUUUAUAGCUUUUUAAUUUCUUCUCUAUAUUCUCUAUUUUUGUUUUAUUAUUUCUCUUAGUUGUUUAGAUACCGAUUUUCUUAAUAAUAUCUCACUGGAGAACUUGUUGAUUUUUGCUAUUCUUAAAAACCUGAGUUACUAUUUUUGUUUUUUAAUAGUCACUUAUUUUUGUCACUAUGUGCAACCAUCUUAAACUGGUUUCAGAAUAAACCCUUAUUAGCCGUCGUUUUCGAUAUAUCUUUCACACAAUUUUAUUUGCAGCGUUUAUUAUAAUUUUAUUUUAUACUUAAUUUUGCGUUAUAUUAUUAUGAUUAGGCCAUCUGCGUAAGCUAUACAAUGGCAAUAUACUUUGAACCUUGUCAGUUUUAUUUCGAUUUUUCUAUACCUACUAAUGUUCUCUUUUCGAGUGCCAUUCUAAGCCUCUCGAUCAAUCAAGAUCAUCAAACGGUAGCGAAUAUACUCCUACCUGUUUCAGUGAUGAUUUGGAUGACUCAUAUGAAAUGCACUCUAUUUCUAUUGAAACAACAGAUGACAGUGUGGCAAAUAAACAACAAACAGAUUGUGACUUGAUGUAUGAAAAUGAUGCUAUUUUAGAUGACUCUACCCCUAAUCCAAUAUAUCAAGAACUUAUAGCAUCAUCUUCUCUCGAUAAUAUAGAAAAAUCAGCGGAUGAAACUAAUUCCUCACUUAUUGACAGUGUAUGUUUGAAGAAAAGAAGGAUACGAAGAAAACACAAUUGUAUUUACUGCGACAUCCCUGUUUUAAAUUUUGCUAGACACCUUGAAAGAAUUCAUAGUGAUGAACUUGAGGUUCAAAAAUACUUAUCUCUUGACAAAAAGGAUCCGAAACGAAAAUAUUUCAUUGAUAAAAUACGAAAGGAGGGAGACUUCUGCAUUGGCAAAUCCGUACCUGUGUUUCGUAGAAAUGUUUUAAGUAAUAGUGAUGAAUCUUCGACUAAUUCAAACAUGCUUCCAUGUAUACACUGUAAAGGAUAUUAUGCCAAAAAAUCGCUUCGGCGCCACAUUAGACGGUGCUAUUUUAAUGAAAAAAAGGCAACAGGAAAAGUACGACAUCAGUCCGAAGCCCAAAACCUAAUGGCUACUAAUUUUGGAUCAACCGAUCCACUAAGGACUUCGGGUGUUUUAAAUUCACUAGCUGCGGAUGACAUCUCUUUAGUAGGAAAGAAAGACAAACUUAUAUGCGAUGUAGGAAGGAAAUAUGUAAAAAGUCAUAAAGACAGACAUCUGAUUCAAGUAGCCAAACGACAAAUGCGGCGUUUAGCACGUCUUCUAAUACAAUCCAGGAAAAUUGAAAACAAUAGCAAUUUAACGUUAUUUUUCCUCCUACAUCCCUCAAAGUUUAAAACAAUUGUGUCCGCAACUCGGUCAAUUGCGAAUUAUAAUACCGAGAGCAAAUGUUUCCAGUCACCAUCACUUGCUCUUCAGAUGGGUACAUUAAUUAAAAAAGCAAUCAGUUCUGCUUAUUCUAUGGAGGUUCAAAGGGAUGUCGAUUCUGCUAAUAUUAAGAGCUUAGACGUCAUGAAAAAACUUAUCGAUGAUCAAUGGGCGUUAGAAAUAUCGACUGAAGCUGGACAGAAUAUUCAAAUCAAUCGAUUUAAUAAACCGACCCUGAUUCCCAUGGCUGAGGAUAUUGCUAAAAUGAAGACUUAUCUGGAUGAGCUUAUAACAUCUUCAAUAACUCACCUGGAUGAAAAUGUGAAUAACACACAAGCGUACAAAUGUCUGCUCGAAGGUACAUAUUGCAGCUUACUACUUUUUAAUAAGAGACGAGUAGGGGAGCUGCAGAGAUUACCUUUAGAUAUUUAUUUAAAACAUCAUGAUUCUCAAUCUUCUAAAGAGUUUGAGAAAGUCCUAACAGAAACCGAGAAAAUUUUAGUUCACUCUUUAAAACGCAUAGUAAUAAGAGGUAAGAGAGGUAGAGGCGUACCUGUUCUGUUUGACAAAUUGACCAAAAGUGGAGUUGACACUUUAAUUAAAUAUAGGAAUAAUUUUUUUACCUCUUACAACGAAUACUUAUUUGGCAUACCGAAUACUAUUAACUGCAUCAGUGGAUAUCAUGUUCUCAGAAAGCAUGCUUCUAAGGUGUUGAAUGAUGCAAACAAAAUCACUACCCUCACGUCAACUCGCCUCAGAAAACACUUAGCAACAAUAAUACAAAUUUUAAAAAUGGAAAAGGGUGAACUAGAACAACUAGCAAAAUUUAUGGGGCAUACCUCAAAAACUCAUGAUGAGUGGUAUCGUCUCCCGUCAGACAUUUACCAAACCGCAAAAGUUUCCAAAAUAUUAUUGCUCGCUCAAAACACUAAUAUUGACCAAUAUAAAAAUCGAAAUUUAAAUGAGAUUGAAGUCGAUAACGAGAUAUUGGAAGACGCAGAAGAAGCUGAUAGUGACGAAGAAAAUACUAAUCAACCUAUUCUUCAACAAAAUGAAGUAAACAUCCCGUCACAAAAUAGAAUAAAGGAGAAAGUGCUUUGUGAUCAAGAAAACAUCAUUGGCGCUGCGAACAGGAUAGUCUGCACAGAAUCUCCCGCAAUUCCUGGUCAAUCUCAAUUGUUUAGCAGAGUAUCCACCUGUUAG